AUGCGCGACGGUCAAAAGUACGAAAGCUUCUCCUUCCGCAACGUCGACGGCAACUGGCUCGAGAUCUACCUGCAGCCAAACACGUGGCAGUUUGUGGACCACAUCCUCAAUAUCCUCCCCGACCAGGAUGUCGCAUACGUCAACGCCGUCCACAAGCGCCGCUCUGCGCGCGUGUGGACGGACCGUGGCCGCCUUGUGGAGGUGUUUGUGCCCAAGGAGGCCCUCCUGGUCUCUGCGCACCUCGUGCCGCCAAAUGAGGACGACAGCAGGCUGUGGCCGAAGCUGCGCACCUACCGCAUGAUCCCGUCGACACGCCGCUUCAUCAUGGACCAGACGAGCGGCUCCGACCUGCGCACGUUGGCGGACUUCCCGCGCUACGGCAUGACCGGGUACCGGUUUGCGCUCCUGCUCCAGCUGUCCACAGGCGCCUACGCGUGGAAGGUGUCCAAAAACGUGUUCGCCUUCCGCUCCAAAGGCUCAUCAGAGGUGGCCGCGGCCAGGGCAGCGGAAUCAGGAAAGGCGACAACAGCACCCGCAUCAUCAAAGCCAUCCUCAACAGCAGCAUCGGGCCGCACCAGAACAUUCGCAUCAAAGCGGCCGCUCGGGUCGGCGUCGUCGUCAACUUCCAGCAGGCGCAUGCAUGUGGUGAAGAUGGAGCACGGUGGCACAAUGGCUACCUGGCACAUGUACCCUGCUGGUGGCAGUGCAGACCACGGCAGCCGCGCCAGCAGUGGCCGCGGCGGGACCACCAGCGUCUUCAGCACCAGCACCCCCACCAGCAGCAACAGCGUGUUUAGCAGCUACAGCAGCGCCAACAGCGGCAAUCACGGCAGAGCCAACAACCACAGCCACAACGGCAGCCACAACGGCAGCCACAACGUCUACAAUCGCAAUGCCGCAAACACCGGCAUGUACAAUAACACCACCAACACCAACAACACCACCAACACCAGCAACAUCAGCAACAACACCAGCAGCAUCAGCAGCAUCAGCAACAACAACAUCAGCAACAACAUGGGCAGAACGACGGCACAUCGUUCGCUGGGCGGCGAGACACCGGCAAAACGCGCCCAUCUCGUGCUGCCGCAGAACGGGCCCACCGCCCCGACGACGUAUGCGGCACCCAAUCAGCAGCCGGUGGCGGCAACCUCGGCACCCAUGCUGAUGCUCCUGUCAAACGCAGCAGCCAGGAUGGACCGCCACGGCGGGGGCGGCUACAGCAGUGGUGGUGGUGGUGGUGGCGGCGGCGGUGGCUGGAACAACGCAGCCCACGCCCCCAUGCAGCAAAGCCCAUGGCAGCUGCAACAGCAGGCGCAACCGCCACAAGGCAACAUUGGCACCCAGCCGCAGGUUUACGGCGCCUCUGCCGCCCAAUCAGGCCCGACGUCCUCAGCCACGCCGACGGUGCCGCAACCGCGCAUCAAGGAGGAGGUGAUUGAGAGUGAAGCGGGACCAAUGCACGGUGCUGUGCACAAUGAUGAUGGUGGUGGUGGUGGUGGUGCCAGCACUGGUGAGGGUGGUGCGAAGCGACAGCAGCACGAGCGCCAGCAACAGCCGCAGGACCAGCUGCACAGGGGCAAGAAGAAGAAAAAGAAGAAGAAGCAGAAGAGCAAGAACAGCACAAGCAACCUGAACGGCACAACACCAACCGCACCCGUGUCGCAGGCCACAGCAUCGUCGACACCAGGCAUGGAGCCUCCGAAGCUGAUGCCACUCAACCGCUACCCGUUUGCCAUGCCACCCACGAUGAUGCCGCCACCACCUGCGGGCGGACUGGCUGCCCACCCGUCCUCGCUGCAAACAGCAGCACCGGCAGCACCAGCACUACCGGCCACAGCGGCAGGGCUGACGGCUGCAGCAACAAGGGGAUGGCCCACCGCUGCACCACCGGCAACAGCAGCACCAACUCCACUAACAAUAACAACAACAACACCACCACCACCGCCAGCAACGACAAUACCAGUGCCAAUACCAACGCCACCAAUGCCGGCAGCAAACAUGGCAGCAGCACCGCCACCCUGCACCGGGCCCUCCUCCUCCUCCCUCACGGCGUCUUCAUUGCCCCACCAGCCGUAUCCAUAUGCGAUGAACCCUGCCGCAAUGAUGGCUGCAAUGGCAGCCAUGCAUGGGGGCGGUGGUAUGAUGCAACCAUUUCCAGGCAUGAUGCAAUCCUCCAUCGCCCCGCCCACAGCAACCACAACAGCAACAGCAGCGUCGUCGGCAACAGCGCCGCUACUGGCGGGAAUGCCGAACGCGCUUGUGCGCAUGCCCGAUGGAACCAUGUCAGUCGUUGACCCACGCAUCUACGCGUACCAGGCAAUGCUGCUUCAACAACACCACCAACAACAGCCGUGGCAGCCGUGGCAGCCGUGGCAGCCGUGGCAGCAGUGGCAACGCGGCCAGGGAAAUGACCAAACCAAGACGCAGAAGGGUGGUGAUGGCGGCAAGCUGACCAGGGGCCGAAAGAAGCGUGCCAACACCAGCAAACAUAGUGCCAGUGACGACGAUGACGAUGGUGGUGACGACACGGGAGCAGGCUCUGACGCGAGCACAGAUGAUGACAGCGAUGGCAGUGGUGGCAGCAAAGCAUCAUCAUCGUCGUCGUCGUCACCAGUGUCUCCAUCGUCGCUUGCAUCCUCGCUUCGCAGCGCGCCCCCGCGCCACCGCCGCCGCCGCCGCCACCACCACGCUGGUGACAAUGGUCAUGAUGAUGACGAUGACGACGAUGAUGAUGAGGGCGAUGGUGAUGGCAGCAGUGGUGGUGAGGUUGCUCGUUCCGCUUCUCGCCAGGGCCACACGAAAGGUGCAAAGGGUACGAAGAGUGCGAAGGGUGUGAAGGGUGUGAAGAGCGCGAAAGGCGGCAAUGGCGAUGCCGAUGGUGUUGGUGACGGCACAAGCAGCGACAACAGCAGUGAUCAUGCAGCAACCUCACCACCAGCAACACAGCAGCCGGUGCGUGAACUGGUGCCUGUCGACCUCGUGACUGGUGCGACUGCACGUCGCGCCAUCCUCGGUGGCGUCGUUGCCGCGCGCAUGGGUCGCUCGGGCGUGUGCCACCCUUUCAAAUGCCACCUGUUCCUGCUGGUUGGCGCCGGGCGCAAGCAGAAGAAGGACACGGCGCGGCUGAGCAUGCAGCAGGGUGCGGAUGUGGUCGUGUUUGUGCCGAGCGAUGCUCCGCAGCCCGUGGCGGUGCUGCUGCUGUCGCCCAGCAAGAAGUUGGCGGCGUGUCUGCCCCCAUCGCCACCGCACGUGCUCAACCGCACGCGCCAGCUCACAGCCGUGCCGGAAGCCGCGCUAGGCACACGCAGCAGCACACUGUCCCGUGCCGGUGAUGACGGCGAAGUAGACGAUGGCGAUCGCGACGAUGGUGACAGCAGCAGUGGUCGUCGUGAGGUGAAGGCGGAAGAGGAUGCGAGUCGGCAGACGAGAGGCAAGGGCGCGAACAAGCGCAGGAACGUGGAAAGGAGCAGCAGCCGGCGAAGCAGUGCACGCCACACGCGAGCGGUGACGCGAGAGAAGGAGGGCGGAGCCACGAGUAGGAACGACGCCGACGUCUCGUUCGAGGCGAGCGACAGCGGUUAUCACGUGUACACGCACCGCUUGACGUGGACAACCGACAACCACUUUCCCUUCAACUUUCACCGUGAGGGCGCCGGGCCGUACACAAUCGGUCUCCGGUAUGCGCGCGCUGACGUGAGCGGCAAUGUCGGUUUUGACGACGAGGACGCGGAGGGCAUUGGUGGUGGUGGUGGUGAUGAUGGUCACGGUGAUGAUGGUGAUGAUGAUGGUGAUGAUGAUGGUCGCAAUGACGACGGGGACAAGGCCAAUGGCGAGGGGGCAGAUGGCGAUGGUGUUGUGGGCAACAAGAGGGGCGACAGGACGUAUGCGGAUGUGGUGAUUCCCAACACGCAAUUCUGGCUCGAGCCAACACAGCGUGUGAGGGGCAGGAACACAAAGUGA